AUGUCCUUGCCUGUGAUAACAUUGGCUUCAACAUCCAAGACAAGUGUUACACACACCUCGUCUUACCAAAAUGGCAAAAGUUUCCGAGACCCUUCAGUUUCGUCAUACUUACGUGGAGCUGAAGAAACAUUUGUUCUUACACUGAGAGGGACAAGAACGCGGGGCCUGAAUUCCUCCAUCGCCAUCCCACAUGAUCAUGUUUUUCUUGGAAAAGACCAAAUAGAAGACACAGAAAUUGAUGUCUUUGAUGCCAAGAAAUAUUUCAACGAUGAUAUUCCUAUUGGAUAUGUACCAUGUCACCAACUGAGGAAAGAGCAGCCCUGGAAUGCAGCCCCCAGUGUCCACUCUGAAUCAAGUCGUAAUAGCCAGAGCGCAUUAUUGUAUACUGUUCCAAGAAACCAGAAGACUGGAAGAACAAAUGAGAAGCGUUUUCUUGCUAGGACUGGCUGCAGUUGUUCUUGUGCUGACAAGAUUUCCAUGAAUAUCAACGUCUCUAAAGGUGUAAAAUGCUCCGCCAAGAGUACAAGCACUGGAUCGGUUAAUGAAAAAUCAAAACUAGGAGGUGGAACCAGUGGUCGUUUGGUUAACAAUUCACAGCUGGGUUUCCACUGUAUGGAGUUCGAUGAACUCGGACAGAAAAUAAAUUCAGAUUGCAGUUUCAGCUACCCAGUCUUCAAUCCCAGGAGUGGAAAUCGGGCAGCAAAAAUACAAGUACGAGAGGAAGAUGAUACCAUGAAGCAAAAAUCACCAGAAGUAUUUGACUCCACAAUCCUGGAAAACGGGAAGAGUUUCUUCAGCCUGGAGAAAAGGUUAACCCUGUCGACUUGGAAUGCAAUUGCGCCAGAAUCAGCAGAACAAAACAGAAGAAUCCCAAGUGAUAAAGAUGCAGGUUCAACCUUACUUGAAACUGAGAGUUUCUCCUGGAGUUCCAUGCAGGAACCAGAAGGCAUAACCCCAGGAGCAUGUUAUGCACCAAGUGAAGCGAGCAUAGAGUGGAGCGUUAUCACCGCCAAUGCUGCUGACUUCUCUAUCCUGUCAGAUACCGAAGGGCCAAAAUCCACCAUCAGCACCAUCACCAGCACCACUGCCAAAAUGCUGCAUGCUCAGAGUGUGAGCCUGAGUUCCAAAAAUGGCCGAUUCAAGGAAAUGCCUAAACGGCAUUCAAGUAUUCUUUCAGGAUGUAAGAAUCAGAAAUCUGUCAGGGUUGCUGGAGAUGCACAUAUACCAAAUGAGAAGGGAUUUUCUUCCAUUGGAAGAAGGCACCUAAUGAAGUCGAAAUCAUUUAAACUGAUGGCAACAUUUCAUGAUGGUAAUAAUGCUGGCUUGUUUUGA